GCAGAAGCACAUUCACAUAUGCCUCUGCACGCGUAGAGCCGCCUCAUCCGUCUCGACAGAGCGGUCAGCUUCUGAGAGGACCAGCUACAGUCAGCCUGCCCACGGCAUAGAGGCAGCAGAGAGGGGACACAAAGCAGAAGGGAGGGAAGAGGAAGAAAAAGGGUGAAAAAAGCCAAAGGAGGAUGAGAGCGUGAAAGGGAAGGAUGCUUUGAAUGCUGGCUCUCUUUCAUCAAGCAAGAGGAAAACGGACUGGAGAGAGGGAGGGGGACGCAACCCACAGCGGGGACAAAAGCGGGAAUUCUGGAAUGAACGGGAGUCCUGCUUGCACUGGGAAUAGCGGUCCACGCCGAAGUCGCUGAAAAGCACGACCAACUCUCCCUCUCCCUCAGGAUUUCAGAUGUCGCCUCUUGGCUCGGCUUCGGCGACGUUUGACCACCGUCGAGCGAGCACGUCUCUGCUCUGCAGGCGGCACCAAUUAAGGCGGGCUUGAGCCGGGCAGGUUGUGACAGAAUUGAGGCGAAGAGGAAAGGGACGACGUCGCGGCGAAGAGGAGGAGGCGGGGCCUGCGGGUGCAUAUGUGGACAGGAAGUGGCCUUUCAGUGUGAAGGCAGAAAAGGAGGAAAAUGUGAUGGAGACUGUCGCUGCUACAUAACUCACCCAACAUCCCUGCUGUGCAUCACCAGUGAUGCCAUGAUCCAGUUCUGACUGUGGUUUCAGCCUGGAAUCCUCCAGAAGCUCAGAGACACACGUCUUGCCUCUCUCUCCGGCCUCUCCCUCUCUCUCUCUUGUACUCGCCACUGUGGUGGGUAAUGCCGAGCCAAAUCACCAAUCCUGGAGAUGCCGAAGAGAAGAGAUAUUCUUGCCAUCGUGUUGAUCGUGUUACCCUGGACGUUGCUCAUCACAGUUUGGCACCAAAGCGCUAUCGCUCCGCUCCUCGCCAUCCGCAAGGCCUGUCACCACCUAGUAAAAGAGAUCUUUAUCAUUCCAGAGAGGCUUGCAGUCCGCCACCACCGACUCUCAGAUGACGGCGUGGAGGGCAAGAGGGAGGCCGGAGGCCAGGCAGGAGACUCGAAGGAAUACUGCGCCUCAGAUAAGGACAUUGUGGAGGUGGUGAGGACCGAGUAUGUCUACACCCGGCCUCCGCCUUGGUCGGACGUGCUGCCCACCAUCCACGUCAUCACGCCCACGUACAGCCGACCCGUGCAGAAGGCCGAGCUGACCCGGCUGGCGAAUACCUUCCUCCACAUUCCCAACCUGCACUGGAUCCUGGUGGAGGACUCCCAGAGGAGGACGCAGCUGGUGACGAGACUCCUCAGAGAAACGGGGCUCAACUACACCCACCUCAACGUGGAGACGCCCCGGAACUAUAAGCUGCGGGGGGACACUCGGGACCCCAGGAUCCCCCGGGGGACCAUGCAGAGGAAUCUGGCGCUGCGGUGGCUGAGGGAGACGUUCAACGCCAACAGCAGCCAAGGGAUUGUCUACUUUGCGGAUGACGACAACACUUACAGCCUGGAGCUGUUUGACGAGAUGAGAUCAACUCAGAAAGUUUCCGUGUGGCCCGUGGCCUUCGUGGGCGGCCUGCGCUACGAGUCGCCUAAGGUCAACGCGGCCGGGAAGGUGUACGGUUGGAAGACGGUGUUUGACCCCCACCGGCCCUUCGCCAUCGACAUGGCCGGCUUCGCCAUCAACCUGAGGCUCAUCCUCUUCAAGCCUCAGGCGUACUUCAAGCUCCGCGGGGUGAAGGGAGGCUACCAGGAGAGCAGUCUGCUGCGGGAACUUGUCACGCUCGGCGACCUGGAACCCAAAGCGGCCAAUUGCACUAAGAUACUCGUCUGGCACACAAGAACAGAGAAGCCCGUCCUUGUAAACGAAGGGAAAAAGGGAUUCACAGACCCCAAUGUGGAAAUAUGAGUUAUUUUUUUCUCCCAGAUCAUGGUGGUUGUUUAUGGGACACAAAACAGUUGCUGGCAAGUUUUUGAAAGACAAUCUAACCCUUAUCGUCACUUGAAGGUGAAAUUUUUAUUUUAUUUUUUAUUUUUUUGUGAAGAAAAGACAAAGCGGGAUCCGUUUCGUAUGAAAGCACAGCUCGGCGAAUGGCGGAUUUUUUUAUUUAUGAGCCCCGUGAAAGAGACGACGUCAAGGACGGCGUGGGCGUCACGGUGACGACAACCUGACAGAAAGACAGCACAAUUCUAACACCUGUCACUAAAAAAAAAAAAAAAAAAAACCUGAAAUGGGAUUAUGAUGAAGAACAUUCAACAACACGAUCUCGUGGAUCUUACUGGGAUAAACACUGCAAGGGAAAGAAUGUCCUUUUGAUAAAAAUGUAAUUUUAUUAGGGUUUUUUUUCGAUGUUGACGAUACUACUGAACACAUUUACUCCUAAGUUACCAUAAGUCAUGCAUUUCAAACGCAACUUGAAGAAUUGUACAUAAAACACAGGAAAACGUGCACCUCUCACUUAGCACUUAAAACACACUGAUGGUAUUUCUUUGUGACAACAUGUGUACAUAGCUUUCAGGAAAUGUUGUGAAUACUUGUGAGUAUUUAUGUUGGACCGUGAGGACAAAUAACAGCACACAGUCGCUUUCAUUAACAUUGAAAAAAACAACACGAUAGUUGGCGUGAUGAAAGGUUUCCCCCUGUCCAUGCACAGCCACGUAUGAACACACGGAAAUAAUCUUUGACUUAAAAGUGUUACGAUAUUCAGUUCUGCGAGCACGGUACAGGUGGUCCUCGGGUUACCCAGACUCGUCACAGAACGCGUGAAGGACGUUCAGUAGGGAAGUGAUUCGUACGGCCCCCAUUCCUGGGUGGAUCUCACGUGAGAUGAAUAAUAAUUUUACAAUGCGGUCUGCUGGAAAUGAUGGAAAGCGCCACUCUAGUUGGAAUUCCCACAAAGCACAUUUUAAGAUAUUCAACUGAAGCGGGUUGUGCACCUCCCAAUCUGUCACGUUUCAUGUGUCAGGUAAUCCGUCCCAUUAGUACUGUACACGUUGAGUCUGCUCUUGUCCAACAUAGUAGAUGCCGUUUUAAGAUGUCAGGUUCAAACACUGAUGACAUCUAUUAAACAGACUAGAAGCAAGGAAUCAUGCAGAGACAGUUAAAUUUGGCUCAAUUGAGGAGAGACGUUAUUUGGGCUGUACUCUAGUUACAGAUCCAAACUACGUUCUAAAAGUCCAGCCCACGUGCUUCCUCUAUUUAUUUGGAAGGUCCCUGGUUACAUCACUGAAGCUGUCGCUGAGGGAAGGGGGUAAUCUCGACAGCUCCAGUUAGACACAAUAUAUGAUUAUACAAAUGUGCUGACAGUCUGCGUCACGGCGGUGUUCGGCCUUGGCAGUCAGCGGGCCGUUCCUGGACACAGACACUGAUACGAGACUGGCUUGCAAUCUUUGGGAUUGCCAGCUUUGCACAGACAAAGAAAAAUACAAUUUCAGGACAAUUGAUAAUAACUAUAGCAACGGCCCUUAAGCAUAAGAGUUGUGUGAUAAUAUAUACAUAAUUAUUCUGACAGAAGAAGAAAAAAUACAACAAUGUAACGUUAGGGAGUGGGACGGGAGGACACAAAUGUUAGCGACAUUAACGUUAGCUAUGUGAGCUAUGUGCACUGGCACAGCAACUAAGUUAGCCUAUUCGCUGAAAAAAAUACAAUGCAAUCAAACUUACAACUCCCAUGACUUUAGCUGAUUGACAGAUAGUUUGCAGAGCUGUGGGCUUCGUUUUAAGAUGUGUAGUGAAGCCGUUUUUUUUGUUUGUUUGUUUUUUUUUAAAGCAAUGACCGUUUCUUUCAUAGAUAAUAGGGACUAGGGGUGUAACGGUAUUGCAGAUACCGCGGUAUUUCGGUUUCAAAGUCUUCACAAAAACAAAAACUUGUUGUGUAGUUUUCUUUCUAGUUCUUAAGCUAAAUUUCCCAGAAUCCUCUGAGCAGCGCAGGGCCGGCAAGGUGGGGGCGUGGAACGCCGUAAGCAGGAAGUGAAGUGUGUUCGUAGUAUAUGAGUGAUGUAUUUUUUUCAAAAUCCAUCCAUAACCGUCCGAGUUACGUUGUUAUGUACUCUUCUCCAAUUUGUCACGUUUCAAGUGUCAGGUAAACCGCGACGAAUGUGGCCAUGUUAAUCCCCUUCCUACUGUUUAAGAAAUAAUUAUUAAAAGAAUAAAUCAAAACUAAUAAAAGGAGAACAACUCCGUCCUUGUAUCCCUCUGGUAUUGGAAGGGAGAAGUCUCAAUAAUAAAAACCAGUACACCGCUUAGUUAUCACUGUUUAAAGAUACAAUCUUCAUUCUUGAUGACCUGGUCACAAAGCCAACAUUUUAGUCCAAUUUUAACAAGUCUCAUUUCUUGGCCUGUCUUCCACUAAAGAUUUUCAUAAUCAAACUGAUUCGUUAGAUUUUGUCCAUCAUCGGCGAUCAGUGGAAUCUGUUAUUAUUCCAACAGAAAUAAACAUAUGAUAUUUAGUAAAGCAGUGAUUCUCAAACUGUGCUAUGUGAGUUCCAUCUAGUGCAGGGGUGUCAAACAUAAUCAGGCCCGCGAACAGGUUUUAUCCGUCUCGCGGGAUGAGUUUACUAAGUAUAAAAAUGAACCGACAUUUUUUAAUGAAAGAUGAUGCAACAUGUGUAAAAACAAAUAAAUCACAUAUUAGUACACCAGUCAAGGAAAAUAAUCAAACUACAUAAAUAACAUCUUGUAAUUUUAUUUUGAUAUUUUUUUAUCUUGAAAUAUUGAACAUUAACACCAAUGAGUUGACUGAUGAACAUUAUCACAUCAUUUAUUUAGAAAGUAUAAAUAACGACAAAUAAAGAUAGAAUACUAUUAACCGCAACAUGUAAGUGUAAAAAACAACAACAUUAUGAUUUGUACAAUUUCAGAAUGUGCUUGUUCUAUUUUUAAACAAAGAAAACAAUCUGAAGUUAUUUUUAAGUUAUCAUGCCGUGAUUUUACCAGUCCGGCCCACUUGGGAGUAGAUUUUUCUCCAUGUGGCCCUCGAUCUAAAAUGAGUUUGACACCCCUGAUCUAGUGGUACACCAAAUAAUUAUUGAAGUCAGUAUUAAAACAUACUGUUACUGUUCAAACUUUGUGUAAUGUUACAGUGGCCAAAAACAUUGAAAAUACUUGAAACAUCUGCCUUGUUUUUAAUGAAUAUUUAGGUCCACUACGCUACUGUAUUUUAUUGUUGGUAAAUAUAAUGGUACUUGGAUAGCCAAGAGUUUUCUGAGGUGUAAAAAAUUGAGACCCAACUGCCGUCGUGUACGCUGACUGGUCAGUAGGUGUCAGGUCCAGUUAAUUAAAGGGAUUUAUAAAAGUCUUUCAUUAAGGUAAACGAAGCAAAAAAUUCAUUUGCGACUUUUCCAAACUUGACUAACGAGAAGAAGUAAAAGUCGUAGCAAAGUUUCUGUAAGAACCUAAGGAAGGAUGAUUACCUUUGCAAAAGGAGAGCUACACCUGAGUGGUGCGUCUCGACGCCCUUCCCAUUUCCAGGCGAGUCCCAUCGACGGGAUUUCAGCACGGCGAUCUGCGUGUCUGACAGCCGAGUAGAAACCUCCUCCCAACACAAUUAGUAAAUUGGGUGCAGACAAAUAGAUUUGACACAACAAGAGGUGUGGCAGGCCAAAACACGGCCAGCUGUUUUGACAGACGUCACACCAGGAAGCAGCGACCGCUCGGGGAAAGGCCGAAAGGGACAACCCACACUAAGACCUCUAUUACGCUCUAAAAAAAAUGACUUGUACGCAAUCAAUGUAUCCCCCCCCACCGCCCCCCCCCCCACCCCACCCCAACACACCUGCUGUGCACAGCUAUUAAUUAACUCACCAGGGAGGGAAGUGAAGGUUUAAAUGUUAGUUACGUCCCACGAUCAGACUCCUCCCACUCGAAACUUCGACUAUUUGGAGACAGCUUUACUUAUUUCACUUCACUUCUUACUUUCACUUUCAUUUGAUUUGGUGCACCUCACGCUCGGGGGACAAGAGAGAUUCCGGUUAAAAGUGAACUACAACCAACAAAAGAAUUCCGCCUAGAUAAGCCCAUUACUUUGUGUACGUUUUCUACCGCCAUGUCGCAAAACUAGUUCUCUCUCCUUUUUUCUUUUUUUAGUAUUUAUUAAUCAUUCAUGGAGGUGCAUUUCAAACUACCAAACCUUGCUUCACUAAUUGUAGAGCUAAUUUUACAACAAUAAUUUGAUUUUUUUUUUUUUAAGAAAUCUGCGAAUAUGCGCGGAAUCUACUGUAAUUGUUAUUUUUAGGUAUCUUUUUUUUUUAUCCUUUAAUAACUAAUAAAUAAUUAAUGAAUCAACUACAAUUAUUCAUAAUUUAUGACAUUUAUUAUUUAAAUAUAGAUAUGGUUUUUAAAAGAUAUGGUUUCUGUUGGUAAAUUUUUUAAAUCUAAAUAAAUGUAUACUUUGUUACAAAAGAGUUUCUUCUUCAGACAGCAAACUACCGUACCGCAUUGGUAUUUAAGCCGCACCCAUUACAUUUUUGAAUAAAUUAAUAUUUUUACAUAUAUCAGAAGCUCCGGACAAUAAGCUGCAAACACUGUAUUUAGCGGUACGAGCCAUUUUAUAAAUACUUAUAUACAUACCUUAAUUGUUUCCAAAUGGUGCUUGUCACACGGCAGUAAAACGGCUGAUCAAACAAAACAGAAGUCCUCGUCAUGGGCCCACCAGCCACAGAAGCUACCAAAUAUUAUAAAGAACGUCUUAAAAUGAGGACCACCUGUUUUCGAUGUAACGUUGCUUUCCAUCCCGGUUUUUAGGACUAGGUUUACACUUCAGCCCAAAUGUGACCCAAAUCGGAUUUUUUUUCAAUCAGAUUUUUUUUCCAGCUGACUGUUGACAUUGCAAGUAAAAUGUGAUCUUUAUCAGACUCCAGUGUAAACGCGCACAGGCCUCAAUGUGGCCCCAAUGUGGCCCCAAUGUGGCCUCGACGUAACUUGCAUGCGCAGUUCGAUAAAGUGAAAACAACAGAAGUUGACCAGAUUCCGUAAAUGAACAAGGAAGUCGCUACUACUACUACUAAUUAAGAUAACAUUUGUUGUUUUACGUGAAAAUAAUAUAAAGUGAUAUAUGUAUGAAUUAAUAUACAUACAGUACAGGCCAAAACUUUGGACACACCUUCUCAUUCAAUGCGUUUUCUUUAUUUUCUAAACUUUUUACAUUGGAGAUUGUCACUGAAGGCAUCAAAACUAUGAAUUAAAUCAUGUGGAGUUAUGUACUUAACAAAAAAAAGGUGAAAUAAUUGAAAACAUGUUUUCUAUUCAAGUUUCUUCUAAAUAGCCACCCUUUGCUCUGAUUACUUUUUUUGCACACUCUUGGCAUUCUCUCGAUGAGCUUCAAAAGGUAGUCACCUGAAAGGGUUUUCACUUCACAGGUGUCAUAGUUUUGAUGCCUUCAGUGACAAUCUACAAUGUAAAUAAAGUUAAAGUUAAAGUACCAAUGAUUGUCACACACACACCAGGUGUGGUGAGAUUAUCCUCUGCAUUUGACCCAUCACCCUCACCCCCUGGUUAGCCUUAUUUUUUAACUCACGCAAACAACUUUUGCAAUGUACGAAACGUGUCAAUACCAGUCCAUCAACAAUCGCUACUUCUUGGGAACAAAAAUAUAUAUUCAUAUAUUACAUAUACUCUACUAUUUGCAAAAAGUCUUUACUCACUGAAACCGGAUGUCGUGAUGAAGCAUAUUUUUCCGCUGGCGGGUCGAGUUUUUCCCAGCCCACACAAAAUCACGUAGCUCGCGCAAAGCUGACAAAGUCACAUACGGGUCGCAUUCAGGUCGCAUUGCGUUUAGACCAGGGGUGUCCAAACUCAUUUUAGAUCAUGUAUUAGGAACAUGUAUUCCCAAGUGGGCCGGAAUGGUAAAAAUCAUGGCAUGAUAACUUCAAAAUAAAGACAACUUCAGGUUGUUUUCUCUAUUUUACUCUGGCCAAAAAUAGAACAAGGACAUUCUGAAAAACGGCAGCACGGUGGCAGAGGGGUUAGUGCGUCUGCCUCACAAUACGAAGGUCCUGAGUAGUCAUGAGUUCAAUCCCGGCCUCGGUAUCUUUCUGUGUGGAGUUUGCAUUUUUCUCCCCGUGACU